AUGUUCUUUGCAGUCAUACUGUCAUUUUUCUUAUUUCCUUGCCUCUUUGCACAGUUCUUCAGCCCCGUUCAGAAGAGAGAAACGUGGAGGAUCGGAGAAACAAAGAAAAUCUCCUACAACACAAAGUUCAAAAACUACACAAUAGCACUUUGGCAACAAUCUCUAGUUGGCGACUCCGCAAGCGUCGGAGACAUCUUGUUUUCCAUUCGGACUUUAGAGGAUGGCUCAGGGCCCGUCAAAGAGCUUACAUGGACAGUCGCGACGAACAAGUUUGACUUGGGUUCGUCGAAUGUCUUCUUUCUAUGGCUAUUCGAAGGCGAUUCGUCUAAUCAGGGAAACUUCGACUUCCAACAAAUGUCCUCGGCAUACUUCAACAUCACCGACGAGCCCGAGAUUCCCAAAGUAACCCUACCGUUGUUAACAUCCACAACUGCAGUUUUCAUUUCAACCUCCGAGCUCCCAACAAGCACUCAAGCCCUUUCAUUUGCAUCUUCAGCAGAAACCUCGAUCCAACAAACGAUUGUCAGCGAUGGACAGACCGCGUCUGCUGGCACACCGACUUCCACUGCCAGCCAGAGCGCUGAGUCUUCUGGUGGUGGUGGUGGCGGUGGUGGUCUACCCGUCGGAGCGCAGGCUGGUAUCGGAGUCGGCGUUGGCGUCAUCGGUAUCACUUGCGUGGUCUGCGCCGUUACAUGGUGCAGAUAUCUCAAGCGACAUCAAAAGGCUCUUGAUAAUUUACAGGAGAUGGCGUUAUCACAGCCUCCUGCAUAUAAUCGCGACUCUGCAAGAUUAGCACCAGCGGUGGUAGAGGCGCCUCAGUCGCCGGCAAGGUCAAACGGCUUUUACAUCAGUUCAAAGCCUGUCGAGAUUGGUUGA